UCCUUGUAUUUUUUUUUUUAAUUUUUACACAAUUGAUAUUUGUUUAUCAUAAUUUUUGAAAGUGUAUUUAAUUAUUUAAAUUUAAUAUAGCCUAGAAUUUGAAAUCUGUAUACGUUUUAUAUUAACAAGAAAAGAUAAAAUGGAUGAUGUUAGUGAUGACGAAAGCGAUGACAACAUAGAAGAUAUUAAUGGCAUGAAAAUAUAUUUAAAUAAUUUAAUGAAACAAGUUAACGAAACGGCAUUGAUUGAUAUUAGACAAAGCUUUCUGGAAUACCUUAAUGGGAAGAUAAAAGAAGAUCAAUUGCGUGAUAUUUUGAUACCAUAUGAUAUAGUUUUAUCAAAUAAAGACUUCCACCCGAUGUUCUCUAAAAUAGAUGUUAAAAAAAAUGGCACCGUCAAUUUUUUACAAUUCGUUACUUAUUUAGCGUCAGAAUUUGAAAUAAAGCGUAAAUACAACGCAUUUUUAUCAAACGAUGACACAGAACUAUCAAAAUUGAAGCCCAAAUUACUACCGAAUAAAUUGAUCGAAUACGGAGGAACAGACAUAAUUCAAUACGUAGAUAUAGCGUUCUUUCCGAAAAAAAUAAAACAAUCUCAAAAAGAACCCGACGAGCCUGAAUACAUAGCUGCCAGUAAAUCGGGGAAAAUUGUUCGUUACAAAGCAGACAUGCAAUGGAAAAAUACAUACCAAGCCGUUCCGACCGUAAUGCCGGCCGACGUCAACGGUUUGGUGGCGAUGCCCGAGUUCGGCGUCAUCUGCCUGUCGGUGUUGGGCGGCCAGCUGCUGUUCUACGACAUGUCGUCCGGCCAGUUCAAGCUGUGCCUGAUCAUCGACCUGUGGGGGUGCACGAUCGCCACUUAUCUGGCGCACGCGUACGCGUUCUGCGACCGGCAGAAAAUCGGGUCGUCGAAGAUCGCGGUCGGUGACCAGCACGGCACCGUGAACGUGCUCGAGUUCAUAUCGUCCGACAAGUGGAACCCGUUCAAGGACAAGUCGGGCGACGCGGACGAGACGCCCACGUACUACUUCGAGCGGUUGGCCGACCAGACGCCGACCGCGCCGACCGCCACCAAGCCGCCGUCGGCCAAGCGGCCGCCGCCGAUCCGCGCUUACCCGUACCACAAGCUGCACAACGACCGGCCGGUCGAGCAGAUCGUGUUCUUCAACGCCGGCCGGUCGUUCGCGUCCGUGUCGCUGUCCAACCACACGGCCAUGGCCCAGUGUCACAUGAUCAACCAGCCCGACCACUGCGAGCUCCGCGGCUCGUCGCCCGCCCCGUCCGCCGGCGUCCCGUCCGUCCGGUACACGGCCAACCCGACGGGGUUCGCGUGCGUGUGCGCCGUCGGCGACGCCCAGCUGGCCACCGGCAGCCCGGACCGGGCCGUGAGGCUGUGGAACGUGGCCGUCGACCGGCCGCCGGGCCCGGUGGACUGCACCACGCUGCUGGGCCACGGCUGGGGCGUGAAGCGCGUGUCCCACAACACGGUCAACGGGCACCUGUACUCCGUGUCCACGGACGCCGUGGUCAAGGUGUGGGACCUGCGCCGGGCCACGUGCCUGCUGACGUUCGACGGGCUGACGGUGGCCGCGGAGCCCGACAACAGCCAACUGUGGCCGUUCGCCGUCAUGCACUUCAACUGGUCCGAGCAGACCAUCGUGUGCGUGGCCAACGAUUCCGGGUCGUUCAUGACGGUCGAGUGCACCAAACCGGCGGUCACCGACCAGGACGUGUCCCGACUGCACGACGACAAGUCGCACGAGACGCCCGUCGUCAAGACGCUGUACAACGCGCUGUACCGCGUGCUGAUAUCCACGUCCGCCGCCGACUCGUCCAUAUCCGUGUGGAACCUGCGCACCGGCCGUGUGAUCAUCAAAUGGUCCAUGGCGCACACCGAGGAGGUGUACUGCGAGGUCCUGCCCGUCGAGAUCACCGCCGCCAACUUCGACCCGUCCGGCGGUCUGCUCGUCACCGGCGCCGUGAACGGCAGUGUUCACAUGUGGGACCCCAACACCGGCGUGUGUCUGAACCGACUGCGGAUCCCGUCCGGCGGCCGGAUAUCCGAAGUCUUCUGGUUGCCCAAUAAGAUAUUGGUGACCGGUUUAGAUCAUCGGGUGACCGAAUUCAACAAUCCACUGUUACUGUCCAAAGGUAAAGUGUGGCUGUCCAACCACGACGAACCGGUGUUAAGCGCGUGCGUUAAGCUGCCGUCGCUUUUUGUAACUACGACCCAGGCGGGCGUGAUGGGUUUCUGGAGACUGGAGACGGGACAACUGACCAAAAAAUACAAGGCCCGUAUGAGACCGGACACCCGGAAGUCCAAGAACUCGUCGUCUGCAACGAGCAAAAGCCAGUUGACAUCCACGAUGGUGAGCAAGAGCCAGAUAAGUACCUUAUCGUACGUUGCUAGUCGAAUUGGAGACACUGGUGAAACCAGGGAGGAGAAGCUCAAGAGGUUGGAUAUCAAGCACACGCCCCGUGAGCAUUAUGCGGCAGUCGCCACACACUUUCUGCGGGCCCGGCCAGAAGGAUCAAACAUCGGGACCCUACUCAUAGCCACGCGUAAUGGCGUGGUGCAGAUUUGGUGCACGUACAAAGUUCCAAAGUACAUUAGCCAGUUCGUAGCCAUUCACAUCCCUGACGAUUAUGUCACGUCGAUGGUGUCAGACCCUAAGAGCGAAUAUUUGAUCAUGAGCUUUGAAAGCGGCUACAUCAAGACGUGGUUGGUGACCAACUUCGGGCAGCCGAGACACACGAUCUACAACGUGGACAUGCCGUCGCUUAGGUUACGUUUCCCGUUCUUGAUAAUUAUAUUUUUCAUGGGCCGAGCCGAGCGUGCCGCCUCGAAGAACAUGAAUGGCCCGCUGUUGGUCAGUGCUUACAGGGCACACUUACAGCGCAUCAAUCACGUCGAAUUUAUCGAAAAACUGGAGCUAGUAGUCACUAGCAGUGUGGACAAAAUGAUCCGUAUCUGGACGUUGGCCGGUCAUUACGUUGGAACUUUGGGAAUGAUAUGGCCAAACAUACCAAGAACCCGUCCGGUAAAUAUUCUACAGUUUAAGAUUCCUGCGGAUAUUCAAAGGCAAGCGUCAUUCACUACGAUUCAAGUUUUGAAAGAUGGCGUUAAUUCAAGUUUACGGUCACCAGCAAUAUGGGACAAACUAGAAUUGUUAAGACAGCAACGUGAUACACGUGGCAAAAAAGGCAAGAGGAAACUACACGACGAAAAAUGCCCAGAUCUACCUUUACACGACGUACACAAGGGAUAUUUGAAAGCUAAAACUGCACCGAUUAUACGCCCAGUAGUAAUAAAGAUAGACGAAUCAAAGCCUAGAAUAAAGAUUCAUAAGCAUGUCCCUUUGUGCGAUCUCGAUGAUAUUCCUCGAAUACCUAAGUUGGAGAAAACAAAAGAAGAAUCCGCUCCUAGAGCAAAACUUAUUCUUUUCAAAUAAUAAUUUUAUAUAUUUAUUUAUUUAUUAUUAAUAUACAGCAAACGGACUUUAAAAUAUUUCUAGAAUAAAAUUAUUAUUAAAAAUAAAAUAAUUAACAAUAAAGUAAAAAAAUAGCUUAAUUG